CCUUUUUUUUUGUUUCGUAUCUCCAAACUUUUUUUAAUCAAAAAAAGUAAUGAGAUGCUCAUACGCCGCCCCUGAUUUAUUAUGCUAUUAGACGUCUCUUGGGAGCCUUUGUGGUUGGAUGGGUGUUCCCCAUAUUGCUCCGCUGCUCUCUGACAGGAAGAAAUGCGUAUACAAGGAGUAACAGGUAACAGGUGCAUGGUACAGAAGAGAGGUGCAUAGUGUACAGCAGAAGAGAAGUGCAUGGUGCAGAGCAUCUAAGAGGUUCCUGGUGCAAGAGUGGUACAGAGGUGGACACAACAGAGCAGAAUAGAGGCACAUGGUGCAGAGCAUCUAAGAGGUUCUUGGGGAAAGAGUGGUGAAGCGGUGGACACAACAGAGCAGAAAAGAGGCACAUGGUGCAGAGCAUCUAAGAGGUUCUUGGGGAAAGAGUGGUGAAACGGUGGACACAACAGAGCAGCAGAGAAGUGCAUGGUGCCGAUCAUCAGAAAAGUACCUGGUGCAAAGUGGCACAAAGACCUAAAAGUGCAGUGGCACAAAAUCAAAGACUUCAGUGUGCGACAGCUAGGAGACAGAUCAGACUACGGGGCACAGCAAGAAUAUAUUAGACAAUGGCUAAUCAAGCGCGUUUUGUAACAUUUGAUUUUGAUGCUGACGAUUACGAAAACAUGGAAAAUGACUUUGCACCCAUGCCUAAACAAGGGCAGAAAGUCACGGCAGCGAAAGUCCCCGCAGUGACAUUUGAUGGUGACGCUGACGAUUAUGAAAAUAUGGAAAGUGAUGUUGCGCCACCUGUGCCUAUGCGAGCAAAGAAAGGCAAGAAAGAUAAGACAACAAAAGCUGGAGAUUCAUCACCAGAGCCAGCAAGAAGAAGAAUAGGUACAGAAGUCCGUGCAAGGCUAAAAUCACGCUGGUGGCUGAUACUUUUACUCCUGAUUUUACUGUUCUUCAUGUUUUUGGUCUUGGCGACCCUUACUGGUCUGCUGUUUGUACACUAUUCCUCAAUUUCUGAUGAAAUACGCAACCUGAAAUACCUAGAUUCUCAAAAAUCUCUUGAAAUGGAACAAAAUGAAAUGAAGAAAGUAAUAAAGGCUAUACAAGGCGAACUGGAUUCAGAAAAAAUGGAACAAAAUAAAAUGAAACAAGAGAUAAAGAAUAUUCAAGAAGAACUGGAUUCUGAACAAAAUAAAAUGAAGCAAGAGAUAAAGAAUAUUCAAGAAGAACUGGGGAGCUGCUGUGGCACAUGCCCGCUUGACUGGCUUCAGAUCGGUAGAUCCUGCUAUCAUCUAUCAGACGAGAAAAGCACAUGGGAAAAAUCAAAAGCUGCCUGCAAGAGUUUAAAGGCUCUGCUACUGAUCUUCAAAGAUUCAAAAGAAAUGGAAUCUCUAAAUAGAAUUCUCCCAAAGAAUAUAAGAUACUGGAUUGGUCUGAAAAGAGACACACAAUACACAUGGAAAUGGUUGGAUGGUACACCAAUGACCUUUAGCAACUGGGACCGUGAUGAGCCAAAUAAUUCAGGCAAUAAGGAGAACUGUGUCGAGAGUAUAUCUGGACCCUGGAAUGACCGUAACUGUGAAGAAUCCGAGCAGUAUAUCUGUAAGAGCACCGUGAACUUCUGAGACAGAUAAAGUAUUUAAUAUGAACAAGGUAUCAAAGAAUAACAGGUGUCAGGUAACCAUGGCUUCUGGAAAUGACACUCAAGCGCCAAAAUGUUGAGGAAUAUUAUAAAAAUGUUUAUUUACAAACUCCAAUCCUUCUUAUGUCAUGAGCUGAUUGCCUCCUAAAUAGGUUUUAUGUCUGAUUGUUCAGUAUCUGUUUAUGGGUUAACUGAGCUUUAUGGAUGCCUUCAUGGGUUGGUCUAGGGAAAAUAAUUGUUUCACAGUGAACAUCUAUGAUGUUGGACAUCAUGUGAUCUUUCUUAAGCAAAUAGGGUGUGAUUUUGGAGAAGAAUGAUUUUGCUGUAGAAAUGGAACUCAGUACAGGAGAAUGUCCAUGAUGACUGCUAAAGCCAAUCCUAUUUCCAACUGUCCACAAUCUAAUCAUUAAAAACCUAAACAAAAUACAGUAAAUAAUAAAGACCAGUUAAAAAUAUACAACAUAUUCAACUCACACAGAAUUCUUGGGAGUAAUGUGUAUUUAAACUCCCCUCACCUGGUCACCCGCAGUAAAAGCCCAGUUAUCUGGUGUCAGUAAUUUGUA